UAAGAAUAUGGUUACCUGCUCAGCUUGCGCGCAUAUUUAUUCGUAACGACAUUGAUUUUCGUAUAUUUAUUAGAUAAAUAAAAUAAAAUCAGAGGCACCAUAACAAGCGAUGUAUUUAGCGCGCCGGUUCCCACGUUUGUACACAGGUACUGCCCAGUAUUUGGUCAGUAGCAGCAGUCGCUCCAACAGCAGCAACAUAAGCGCAGCAGAGGAUCGUAUAAAAAUACCCAACCGCAUACAACGGUCCCCAACUGAUAUACUGAAUGCGCUGGCCAGCACUGUAGGACGUGAUCCAACGGCACCGCAUUAUAAAUACCAUGAUGAUCCGUACCUAAUUCCAGUGUCUAACGUGGGCAAGCGAACAUUUGCUUUGACCCAAGAGGCUGGGCGCAAGGCGGCUAGGUUCAUAAGAGAGGAGCACCGUGACGUGUUUCAGCACCAAGAGGCGCAACCGCCUAUCGCAGCUUUUGCACCUAAACCAAUCUAUACAGAAGAAUCUGAAGUGGAUGUCCAUACACUGCAGGAGCUUAUUCGGCACUCACAAAUAACAGACGCCAUAGCAGUAUACAAUUUGAUGAAACAGAAGGGUAUGGAGAUACCCAACGAAUCGAAGCAGCAAUUGCUAGAACUCCUUUGUUUUUACAACAACGAGGAACCGUUGCCGGAGGAGUUCAUUGAGGAACGUUGGUUUAAGGCAAACGCAGACGCACGUGAACGUAAUCGUAAAAUGUGGAAAGAUGGCGAUUUGGCAGAAAAGCUGUUUGGCGAAUUGGAACCGAAAACACCGCAAUCGUAUGCAGCACUCAUUAGAGGCAUGGCUAAGUACUAUCAAGCUGAACGUGCCUAUGCACUUCUACAAGAGGCGACCCAGAAACAAUUUGAGUUAGACACCCAAACGUUCAACGCUGUGAUCAGUGUAUCGAAUUUCUUAAAAGAGACAGCAGAUCAACGACUUGAGUUAUGCCAAGAGUUACUACAACAAAUGGCACACCAGCAGUUAAAACCAAAUUUGUACACCCUAAAUGGAACCUUAGGAGUUGUUAGUACGUUUGGCAACUUCAAGUUCGCCCGUAGCUCAGCACUAAAAAUACUCGCGGAAUUCAAACAAGUAGGCAUCGAGCCGAGUUUGGGCACUUAUUACUACCUGCUGAUUAUUUUCUGCCGUGAUCGUGCACCAGUUUCGCAUAUUAUAGUCGAUAUUCUGCAUCAGAUUAAAGGACGCGAAUUCACCAUACAACACCCUAGAGACACUUUUUUCUUCGCAACAGCUAUGGAUGUGUGUCGCAAUCACUUGCACGAUAAAUCGCUAGCAAAGAAGGUCGAUGAACUUUUGCAUACCGGCAAUAAUUACGACUUGAUUGGUGAUACUUACAAGGAGUCGGUAUAUUAUCGUCACUACUUUGCGUUGCUCUGUCAGACUGAACCGAUCGAUGAGUUCAUGAAAACCUACGAUCUGCUCGUGCCGAACGUAUACAUUCCAGAACCUGGCAUUAUGGAAGAAAUUUUGAAAGCUGUUGAAAUCGAUGGGGCAGUCGAACUAAUGCCGCGCUUUUGGUCCGAUAUGGUUAUAUUUGAUCACACCAAUCGUGAGAGUCUACUCACCCGCACCUUACAAAUCUUAAUCGAUAAUCCUCCCAUCAAAGAGCUGCCUGCCCAUCAAUCUCUACCCGAUCAAGUGGCUAAAAUCGCUUGGGAUAUUUAUGAAAAAAUUGCCGACCCCGAAGGACGACGCCCAAAAGAUUUGCAAUUCACAGGCAAAAUGAUUGGCGAUAUACUAGCGCUACUGGUGCGUGGUGGUAACUUCGAAAAGGCCAGCGAAGUGUUUGUCCAUAUUGACAAGAACCAACAUCGCAUACCGGGAACACCGUCUGAAAAAUGCCUACAGGAGUAUAUCGAUGGCUGCAUAGAAAAUAAGGCACCUUCACAGGCGUUAGUUUGCUUGCAGUACGCUGUGGAGAACAACAUGGAAACUCAGGUCAUGGCCGAAAGAAUCGACGCUGGUUUCACGCUGGACGAAGUGCACUCAUCGAAAUUGAAAGCACUGGUUGGCGAACAUUUUAAGAGCAAGUGAAGAAGUGAAUAAAAGUUAUAUAUUUUUUUGUGUAAUAUAUAAAUUAGUUACGUAAUUAUUGAACAAUUUUUGUUGUAGCCAUAAAGUUGAUUUUUUAAGAACAAA